AUGUAUGGGUGCUGGACACAGAUGCAGCUUCAUCGCUGGAGUCAGACGCUCCAAAAGACAAACCAGCAUCUCCAAGCGAGGAGCGAGUUUCUUGAUUACAGGAACCAGACUUUGCAAAAUGAAAGCAAGCUUCUGGAUAGUGAAAAGCAGAAGCUUCAACAUGACAUGGCAGAGAUGGAGAAGCAGAACCAGACGCUGCAAAGCCAUCACAAGUUGAUUGAUCGUGAAAUGGCUGAGAUGAACCAGACGCUCCAAAAGAAAAGCAAGUUUCUGCAUAGUGAAAGGCAGAAGCUUCAGAACGACAUGGCAGAGAUGAACAAGGACAUCGCGGAGAUCGACAAGUGGAACCAGACGCUCCAAGAGAGGCGCGAGUUUCUUGAUCAUAAAGAGGCAGAGAUAGGUGAACAAAUUGAGAAGCUUCGGCAACUUCGAGGCCAGAAGCAGAUGCCUUCGACAUCGAACCAGACGCUCGGAAAGAGCUACCAAAAUUCUGACCCAUAUGGGCAGAAGGUAUUCAAAGAGAAACCUCUUCGUCUCGAUGCGAUUUUGGGAGCUGGUUUCGUGAGUUUUUGUUGUUUCGCCGGCUGUUCGUUCGUGUGUGUGUGGUGCAAACCCGACAAAUUCAGAUCUAGUGAACAGCAAGAAGAUGCUCAUUCAAAUGCGAGCCGAGUGCCGAAGCCGUCCUGCGGCCCAGAUUUCUCCCAGGUGGCAAAGUCAUGCACUUGA